GUACAUAUAGUAGACGUAGCGGUAGACGUCAGUGCAAAUUACGAUCGUUGUAAAUUCGUAUAUCUUCAACUUAUGUUAUGUUAGUUUACUGAUUGUAGUCUUAGAUUUGGAAUUGUGAUUAGAAUAUCACUUGUCAAAUUCUAUCAUGCGGAGUGUAUUUGAUUAAUUGCCCACGUUGACACUCAUAAAAAGUGACAUUUAAGUGGCCAAAUGCAAAAUCAAAUACAAUUAUUAACAAAUUCUAGAAUCACAUGAAUUAUAAAACAUAAAUGUUGUGAUUGUUUAUAAGAAAAAUGACCGGGGGUGUCAUCAAUCAAGUAGAAUAUAAUAAUAAAACACAAAACAUAAAUAAAACUGAUACUGUUUAUGUAAAUCGCACAAGAAACUUUUUUACAUUUCGUGCUUUAAUAUUUUUAUUAUUAUGGUACUUUUUCAGUGGGUGUACAUUAUUUUUAAAUAAAUAUAUACUGACAUACUUGGAUGGUAAUCCAACAAUUUUAGGCGCGUGUCAAAUGUUAACUACUACAAUAUGUGGAUUUAUUCAAUUAUAUUAUCCUUGUGGAAUGUACAAGAGUGUGAAGAGGCUUGUUCAACCUCCAGGAUUUUAUAAACAUAUGAUUUUAGUAGGAUGUACAAGGUUUUUAACGGUAUUGUUAGGUUUAGUAUCAUUAAAUUAUGUUGCAGUAAGUUUUACAGAAACAAUAAAAAGUUCAGCACCAUUAUUUACUGUAAUAAUAUCAAGAUGUUUAUUGGGGGAACAUACAGGUCUGUUAGUAAAUUUAAGUUUGAUACCUGUAAUGUCUGGUUUAGCAUUAUGUUCAGUAAAUGAAUUGAGUUUUCAAAUUUAUGGUUUCAUUGCUGCAAUGGCUACAAAUUUAACAGAGUGUUUACAAAAUGUAUAUUCAAAAAUGCUCAUAUCGGGUGAACAGUUUAAGUAUACUCCAGCUGAACUUCAAUUUUAUACAAGCUUAGCAAGUAUAAUUGUUCAAAUACCUGCAACAUUAAUACUUGUUGAUGUAUGGGAUAUUAAUUUUAUUGUAAAUAAUAAACAAUUAGUGAUAUUAUUUAUAUUAAAUGGUGUGUUUUUCCAUUUUCAAAGUAUUACGGCCUAUGUUCUUAUGGACUAUAUUAGUCCUGUCACACAUAGUGUGGCGAAUACUGCAAAACGUGCAUUCCUUAUAACGUUAUCAAUACUAUUAUUUGGUAAUCCAAUUACUUUAUUAAGUGGUUUAGGUACUGUUUUUGUAAUUACUGGUGUAUUUUUGUAUAUAAAAGCACAACAAUAUGAUAGCAUGAGAAAAAAUAAUUUAUCACCU